AUGUUUGUUGAAUCAGAUAUCGAAAGUCAACUAGAAGAUGCGGAUAAUGGAGUUUAUAGUGAUGAAAAGGAGAGUAAUGAGUAUAAAAAUAAGGAUGAACAAGGCAGUGAUUUAUUAGUACUAAACACAGAAAUAGAUUUUGGAACAUGGGAACUUGCCAAAUUAUACCUUAAUAAUUAUGCAAAACAGGAAGAGUUCAGUUUUUGCAAAAAAAGGUGCACCACAGAUACCAAAGACAAUACUAAGAAAUAG